GGGGAGGAGCAGGAGCAAGGAGCAAGAAGCAGGAGGAGGAGGAGGGGGAGGAGCAGGAGCAAGGAGCAAGAAGCAGGAGGAGCAGGUACAGCAGGAGCAAAGGAGCAGGGGCAAGUAGGAGCUGGAGGACAGUCAGAGCCAGCCCCCAUGGCGGCCGCCGCGCGCUUCGCCGGGAAGAGCGUGGACGCGUCCGCCCCCAACUGGAGUGCCCCGGCGCUGGGCAGGCCGCUGUGUGUCAACGGGACGCCGUGGAUCCUCUACCUGCUGGAGGAGUGCGUGGACAACGUGUGGGAGCACUGCAGCGUGGUGAUAGGACUCGUGUCCAUGUUCUGCUUCCUGCUGUCCACGUUACCGCAGGUCUACGAGGCCUAUCGUAAUGGCAAAGUGGAGGAGGCCAUGUCUUUUGGCUUCCUCUUCUUCCUCUUCAGUGGAGACGUGACCAGCUUUGCAGGAUGCUACCUCACCAGCCAGCUGCCAAUUCAGGUGGUCACAGUGGUGUUCUACAUCUUCACCGACGUGAUCCUCAUCUCCCAGUUUCUCUACUACAAGAUCAAGAACAGCUCCAGCAGAAAGAGCCCUGUGUUGAAGUGGCUGUGCUCCACGUGGUGCGUCGCUGCCACGCUCGUCCUCCUGGCAUUACCCAAGCUCAUCGUAGACAAUAGUGCAAUCUUAGACACCCAGAGUCCCACUGCCUCUAAAUCAGUUGAAAUCACUGGCUACGCAUGUGGAUACCUGGCAUCUGUCUUCUACCUCUGCUCCCGUUUUCCCCAGCUCUAUAAAAAUUUCCGGCGACAGUCUACUGAGGGGACCUCUUACCUGUUGUUUGCCCUGGCCAUGAUGGGCAAUGGGACGUACGGUUUGAGUGUCAUCGUGGUCCUACCUGCACUGAGGGGCUCCAAACAGACAUUCAUCAUCAAACACCUGGCCUGGCUCAUCGGCAGCCUGGGAGUCCUCAUACUUGACUUCUUUGUCACGGCCCAGUUCAUCAUGUACAGAAAAAAACGCUCUGCUAAAAGCAAAGCGCUUCUCAGCGUCCCAGAGGUGGAACCUCUUCUGUGUGAAGAAGAGGAACUGUCGGUGUUAUAGGACACAGCACGGACACCAACUCGGACAAUCUUUCGUCGAGAAGGGACUGGUUAGUCUGCAUUUUUUGUUUUGUUUUUGACCAUUCUUUGGGGUUCUGUCUGAUCGGUGAUUUACUCAUAAUGAAGCGCAGAAAAUGGACACAUUGCCGAAAGCGUUGUGUGAACGAGGAAGCGGUGGAGCCAGCAGGGGAUUCCAGUACAUCUUUGCUGUCGGAUCCGAUUCACUGCAGUAGUGAGUGAGAUCAAGGUCGGAGCAUUUUUCCUUAACACUGGAGAUCAAGUCAAAUCAAGUACCUCUUUAGAAACAUUUCCUUUCAGGCGUGUUGGCAACACACAAGUCUUUUAUUCGAUUAUGAGCCCUCGUGUUUUUGAUUAAUUAUUCCUUUGGGGAUUUCUUGACCUUGUUUAAGCGGAAUAACUGAAUUUUUAUUCGCCGUCGGGGAGCGGAGACACCCAGAGGAGGAAGCUUCGAGCCAGAUGUCUUCUAACUUGAUGGAAGAACAAAGUGCCUGUUACAUUUACACUUUUUUUUGACAGGUUAAAUACUACUGUCUCAUAUACUAUAAAUACUACUAUCAAAGUAUUAUACUAGGAUUUUUUUCUCACCUUAUUUGGUAUUUUAGUGACGUAAAAUAAAUGAACCAGCAGUAACGUUUUUUGUUAUGUUUCGUCUUUCUAGUUUCAUUUCUGCAUGGUUAGCUGUAGCUAACGGGGAUUUGUCAUGAGAAAAAUAUAAGAUCACUAGACUUAUGGCUUCAUUGCAUAGAGUUAAACAGGAUGUAGAUGUCUGUCGUGGCAGUGGCUCCGCCUGAAAGAUGUUAGUUUGACUGCAGGGGAAUUUCAAGAAAAGGGCGUUGCAUUUCUCUGCUUGAGGAAUAUGUUGUUUGUGCCUUUUUAAGCUAAACAUAGUCUUAAUGUAAAUGCACUGUAUAGCUAUUUCGAAACUAAAUGAUUUAAAACAUGUAAUUAAGUUUGAAUCCUAAACUGCUGUUAUUUAUCGUCUCCAUUCCUAAAACAUUACCUGCCUCUGUACAUUUAUGUCAGAAGCAUUAACUGGUUAAGUCUUCCUGUAACGGCGUCCUGAAGAAGACUAUUCGAUUAUGUAAAAUGGCUCUAAUAAUAUGAAUAUUUGUUAACAUAGAAUUUUGUUUCUACUUUGCUCUACACAGGUCAAAUUUAUUUUUUAAAACAUGUCUCCCUUGGUAGCUUUCAGUGAAGAGUAACACAAAACAAAUAGAACAAAUAAUUGUGGUAUAUUGAUGAGCAGUUCAAGUAGAGAAAAUAUAAAUUUCAAUCACUAAGCAAAGCAUAUUGCUACUCAAUAUUGUGCCAAACGAUUGUGGUCAUGUCAUCCACUGAACCAACAUUCUGCAGCUUCCUCUACCUCAUUGUUGUGUGGACAUGUUUUAUUACUCCCGGCGUUCGUGUCUUCGUGAUGAGCUAACCUGUAAUCGGAGCACCGUUCUCCCGUCUGACUCUUAUUUGGUUAACACCUACACUGCUACAUGUGCGUGUCGGUCAGUGUCGUCACAAUAACCUGAGCAACGUGGCUGACCUUUUUGUUUAUAGUCUUUGUCAGGCAGCCAAGUGAUGCAAUAAUGUGAAUAUUAUGUGUAUAUAUUUGUUUGGCAUUUGUUCUGACUUUGUUUACUGAAGUAAAUUUAGUUAUUGCAGAUUAUUUUUAUAUUGCACGGCCCUCUCUUGGUUCCUUCUUAAAGAGCCCGAGAUACUUUUUCAAUCUAGCACAAAAAAGGACCUUUUAUUGUAUGUUUUGCCACUGUAUACUGUAGAACAGGUAUUUAUAAGACUAGUUUUUUUCCUGCAAUGGUGACACUGUAUUCCUGAGACGUAUAUAUUUUCUUUGAACAACAUUCUUUUUUUCUCUUUUUUUUAGGAUGUACAUGAACAAAUCUAUUGUAAAUCUGAGCUCUGUGCCCAUGAUAUGUUUCCAGACACCGUCUCCUUGUAAGUCCUGUAUGUAAAACACAAACACUACACUGUACAAAUAUGCUACAGAAAAGUUGAAUAAAAUGAAAUAAACCCCUCA